UAUUAGUUAGUGUGUGCAGUGUUACACACGUGCCGUACACGUUUUGCAUUAUCACGUUAAUUUAUCUCUGUCGUAGCUUUCUGGGUCAUAGAAAAUUUCUUUGAAUUUCAAAUCCACCUCUUAAGAUCGGACUUACUCUAAACAAGUUUACUUCGGAACUUUGGUGGUUUUUUGUUAGUUUCUGUAAAGAGUAUUUUGGUUUCCAUCGAGUUAAUCUGUACACCUCUGUUCAGGGUUUUAGAUGGUAUGAUCAGCAAUCGGCUCACGUCUUUAGUUAGGAAUGGUGCUCGGCUAACUGCAUGUAGGAACAUCUCCACAUCACAGACUCUUCUGAAAGAUUCUUACGGUAACCUUAAGGAUGAAGACCGAAUCUUUACCAAUCUGUACGGCCGACAUGAUUGGGGAAUACAGGGAGCAGAGGCCCGUGGUGACUGGUACAAAACAAAAGAGAUAAUCCAAAAGGGAUCCGCAUGGAUUGUAGAUGAGAUGAAGAAAUCUGGACUCCGUGGUCGAGGUGGAGCGGGAUUUCCUUCCGGGCUUAAAUGGAGUUUCAUGAACAAGCCAGAUGAUGGUCGCCCAAAGUACCUGGUUGUUAACGCAGAUGAAGGAGAGCCUGGCACAUGUAAGGACAGGGAGAUCAUGAGGCACGACCCCCACAAGCUGAUCGAGGGAUGUCUGAUUGCUGGGUCCGCCAUGGGGGCCAGAGCUGCGUACAUUUACAUCCGAGGGGAGUUCUAUCACGAGACAUCUAACUUAAUGAGGGCUAUCAAUCAGGCUUAUGAGAAGGGAUAUCUUGGACACAACGCUUGUGAUUCUGGAUAUGAUUUUGACAUUUACAUUCACAGAGGAGCUGGAGCGUACGUCUGCGGAGAGGAAACCUCUCUGAUAGAGUCUCUAGAGGGAAAAGCUGGAAAGCCCCGUCUGAAGCCGCCAUUCCCAGCAGAUGUAGGCGUGUUCGGUUGCCCAACUACCGUUAACAACGUAGAAACGAUCGCAGUUGCCCCAACAAUCCUCCGUCGUGGUCCUGACUGGUUUGCUUCAUUUGGUCGACCUCGUAACACUGGCACCAAACUCUUCAACAUUUCUGGACACGUGAACUGUCCCACAACUGUAGAGGAGGAAAUGAGUAUUCCUCUAAAACAACUGAUCGAGCAACACGCCGGUGGAGUCAUCGGAGGUUGGGACAACUUGUUGGCAGUCAUCCCUGGUGGCAGCUCCACUCCUGUCAUCCCCUUGGAAACCUGCAGCACUGUACUCACUGAUUUCGACGCUCUGGCCGAGGUCAAGACAGCACUCGGAACUGCUGCCGUCAUUGUGAUGAACAAGGAUACAGACAUCAUCCUGGCCAUUGCUCGUCUCAUGCACUUUUACCAGCACGAGAGUUGUGGACAGUGCACCCCCUGCAGAGAAGGUACUGGCUGGAUGGCUAGGAUACUCUACAGGAUGGUUGAGGGUAAUGCCAAGCCUGAGGAGAUCGACAUGUUGCUUGAGAUCUCGUAUCAAGUUGAAGGACACACUAUCUGCGCUCUGGGUGAUGGAGCAGCAUGGCCUGCGCAGGGUCUUAUUCGUCACUUCAGAGGGGAGAUAGAGGACAGGAUCCAGAAAUACCAGGAGAAGAUGGAACCCCGACGUGCUGAAUCAUGAGCAGGAGUGAAACUGUUUGAGCUCAUUAUACCUCUAAUACCACAAAAAAAUUAGACUCUGCUAGGGCCGGGCAGUUAAUUAAUUUAUAAACAUUGUUGUUUUGAUUCAAUUUUUGUUUUUGGACAUUCAGUAGCUCUGGUCACCUGCUCAGAAAGCAUUCAAUGUUAAUAAGGGGCUUUAUGAUCAGUAGAGGAGAAAAUAAGAACUGUAAAUAAAUCUCACAUUCUGGGCCAAGUACCGAUCUAUCCUAUGGACUAGUGAAGAACAAGUUAAUGAUUGAUUGUUUUGAUGGUUUUUAAGAAAAGUUAAAGCUUGGCAACGUGACCCGUAUUGCCUGUGACCCCAUACACAUUUUCUUUGAUUUUGAUGUUUUGCCAAGUUCAAUAUAUAAAUCCACGUUUGGAUGUAGUAAUUCUCAAUUCGUCCAAUAAAAUGAGUUCGUUCAUUCUCCAAA